CUCACUUCGCGCUUAACUUUUUGGAGCACGCUCGCUCGCACGUUCAUAUAACUUUCGCGCACAGAAAGAGAAGUAUUGCUGUGAAUCGAAAAUAUGACAAAUACAAAUGAGAAUAAGCCGUUUUAUCACUCUCUGAGCGGCGUCACGCAGCAAGAUGAUAAACUGUUGGAGCCAAUCCGAUAUAUACUUCAAAGUCCUGGAAAGGUGAUGGAUGAAAAAUUAUUCCAGGCUUUUAAUUACUGGAUAAAAAUAUUACCCGACAAAAUGGAAUUAAUCCGGGAGAUAGUAAUCUUGUUCUACAACGCAUGCGUUAUUGUUGAUGAUAUUCAAGAUAAUUCUAUUUUGCGAAGAAGUAUUCCUGUCGCUCAUUCUAUUUAUGGAAUUGCUAAUUCACUAAGCUCUGCAAAUUAUGCAUUUUUUAUCGCCAUGGAAAGAGUUAUUGAUUUGCAUCCUGCGGCAAUGAAAAUGUAUGUGGAACAAGCGUUAGAAUUUCAUAAAGGUCAAGGAAUGGAUAUUUUUUGGCGAGAUAAUUUCAUCUGUCCAAAUGAGUCAGAUUACGAGAUUAUGGCGACAAGAAAAGUUAGGGGUAUUCUUAACUUGAUAGUAAAAUUAAUGAAAUUGUUCUCAACUUGCGAACAAGACUUAUCAUCGCUAAUAACUACUUUGAGUUUGUUCUUCCAAAUACGCGAUGAUUAUGGCAAUUUGUGCUCCAAUAAUUAUACUGAAAAUAAAAGUUAUUGCGAAGAUUUGACUGAAGGAAAAUUCAGCUUUCCCAUUAUUCAUGCGCUUACAACGAAUCCUAAUGAUUCGCAAAUAAGAAAUAUUCUGAAACAACGAACCGCAAGUAUCGAAGUGAAACGUUAUUGCGUUGAAUUGUUAGAGAAGUUUGGUUCUUUCAAGUACACGAGAAAUGUACUUGAAAAGUUGGAAAUGAAAGCGAGAGAUGAGAUUGAACGUUUAGGAGGCAAUCCAUAUUUGAUAAAAAUUUUAGACGAGCUUAAAAAUUUGGAUUAUUGGAAUUAAAA